UCCACACCCUCGUUUUCAUCGUACUUUUAAACCCCUUUUUAGCCUUUCUCAUCUUUGACGCAUCGUCAAAUACACUCUCAUAGAUUCCCAAAACCCAGCCUUCCCCAAAACCCUAAAUUUUUAUUUCUCUCUAAUGGCUCCGAAACGCCCAUCUCAUCUGGACGAUCCACCAGCUGCUUCGUCUUCUGAAGAAGAAGAAACUUCCUCUGAAGAUGAAGAAGACGAAGAAGAAGAUGAAGAAGGAGAAAGUUCAUCUGAAGAAGAAGAACACCAAGCUGAAGCAGCUAAAAUUGAUUCGUUACCAUCCACUCCAGUGAAACCCCAACCCAAAAAACCUGACCCUCCGGCUCCAAUCUCAAAUUCCAAGCCCCAAACCCACUCUUCUUCGUCCGGGUCGGAAUCCGAGUCCGAAACCGAAUCCGGAUCCACACCCGACCCGAAUGUCAAACCCUUAGCCUCCAAACCCAUGGAGCCCGACCCGACUCCGGUGAAGGCCACGAAACCCAGAUCCAAGCCUUCCUCCACGAGAUCCUCCGCCACCACCAAGAAGCGUCCGAACGGCGAAGCCGAAGCCACGCCGUCGAAGCGGGUCAAGAAGAAGGACCCGGAACCGAAGUCCCAAGACGUCGUCGUUUCGCCCUCGGAGGACUCGAAGAAAGGCGGCGGCGACGAGAAGAAGCUAUUCCAGAGGCUGUGGAGCGACGAGAACGAAAUCGAAUUGCUGAAAGGGAUGUUGGACUACACCGCCUUGCGCGGCGCGGAUCCCGCCGCAGAUGCCGCCGCGUUUUUCGAGUUCGUUAAGAAGAGCCUCCACGUGGAGGUCACGAAGGCCCAGCUGGUGGACAAGAUGAAGAGGUUAAGGAAGAAGUACAACAACAAUGCCGGACGAGGAAAGAAAGGCAAAGACCCGACCUUUUCGAAACCCCACGAGCAAAAGACUUACGAGUUGUCGAAGAAGAUUUGGGGCUCCGUUGAAGCUGCUACUGAGACUGAGAAAGCUAAGGACAUCAACAAUGGGAAAGCUAAAGCUAAGGACAACAAAAAUGGGAAAGCUAAGGCUAAGGACAACAGCAACAACAACAAUAAUAAGAAUCAGAAAGGUAACAGUUUGAUUAGGAGUUUGAAGGAGGAAUUGACGGAGUCGUCUCCGGUUUUGUACAAGUAUGGUGAGAAGAUGGAGAUUGAUGGGGAUUCGGGGAGCUGUUUGAAUGGGAUGUUAAGGUUUGAUAAGAAUGUGUGGUUGGAUGAGAGGGUCAUAAAGCGUGGGCUCAAAUUGAUUGAUGAAGAGAAGAAGGUGGAAUUGGAGGAGAGGUGGAAGGAGGUGGAGCUGGCUGAAUUGGAAGUGUUUGUGAAGCGGACCGAGUUGAUUAAGGACCAGGCCAGGUUGAUACUCGAGGCAUACAAGGACCACUGAGGUAAAGUUGUGGUUCUUUAUGGGGGAUAAUCAUUGAUUUGGGAAGUUUGUAAUAUUUUGAUUCUAGUCUCUUGCAUUUUUUUUUCACUUUUCAUGUUAAUAAUGUUGUUUGCUUAAAUGGUACUUAGCUAUAGAGAAAUGGGAUAGUUGGUCCUAUAAUUACUGCUGUUGGGUUAUGCCCAUACUUGUAAGCUUGAUAAGGCGGCUCCUCUUCUUGUAGUUUGACAUGAUGUUGCUCAAUUCUCAAAAAUUGUGGGUGUGGUUUCCUUU